AUGACAACCGUUCAACCUGCCUGGCUCCAGGAACCAGCAACACAUUUCAGGUUGUGUGAGGACUUGGGCAUGGAUGCCAGCGUGAACCUGGUGGGCCCGCAAAGGGCCUUUGCAGUCAAGGGCUGGAACCGUUGCCUGGCAUUACUAGGGGUAUGCUUCUGCGGCUUUACCACCCCAGCGCUGAUAGAGGCGAGGAGCUUCAGAACUAUCUAUGCAAACAGCGUCGAACCUGACAUCUGCCGUGUGGUCAACACGAAUCGGGGCGUGACAUGUUCAACGGUGGGGAUCCGCCGGAGGCCCAACGCCUUCAACAUUGUUUGGCAACUGGAGCUAUUGAUUAGAUCUGGAAUGUCAGAGCAGAACGCCAUCAUUUCGCUGGAGAACUACGAAAGCGCGGCCCAAGUUGCGUCCGUGUACUCUCUUGGAAAACAAGAGAGUCAAGCAGCAGUUGCCCUCCUGCACAAGAUACCGAAGUCGGUGAAGGAAGCGCUGACGGCAAUGGUGAGGCGGGGUGCAAUGGUUUCCACUGGUGUUUCUAUCUCUUCCAAUGGUUUCCAGGGUGCAAUGGUUUCCACUGCUUCGCCAGGCAGUAUGGCAUGCCGCGCUUCUUGA